AUGCAGCUUUCCCUAGCACAGGUGCUGCACAGAGGGAGGAUGCUGUGGCUCAUUCUGCUAAGCACAAUGGCUCUCGCUUGGACUACCCCAAUCCCCCUCAUAGAGGACUCGGAGGAAAUAGAUGAGCCCUGCUUUGAACCUUGCUACUGUGAAGUCAAAGAAAGCCUCUUCCACAUACAUUGUGACAGUAAAGGAUUUACAAAUAUUAGCCAGAUUACUGAAUUCUGGUCCAGACCUUUCAAACUGUACCUGCAGAGGAAUUCAAUGAGGAAAUUAUACACCAACAGUUUUCUUCAUCUCAAUAAUGCUGUGUCCAUUAACCUGGGCAAUAAUGCAUUGCAGGAUAUCCAAACGGGAGCUUUCAAUGGCCUUAGGAUCUUAAAGAGGCUCUACCUGCACGAGAACAAAUUAGAUGUCUUCAGAAAUGACACUUUCCUGGGCUUGGAAAGUUUGGAAUAUCUACAGGCAGAUUACAACGUCAUCAAGCGCAUUGAGAGUGGAGCCUUCCGGAACCUGAGCAAAUUGAGGGUUCUAAUUUUAAAUGAUAAUCUCAUCCCUGUGCUCCCAACCAAUUUAUUUAAGGCUGUCUCGCUGACCCAUUUGGACCUGCGUGGAAAUAGGUUAAAGGUUCUUUUUUACCGGGGCAUGCUGGAUCACAUUGGCAGAAAUCUCAUGGAGCUCCAGCUAGAAGAGAAUCCUUGGAACUGCACGUGUGACAUUGUGCAACUGAAGAGCUGGCUGGAGCGCAUCCCUUACACGGCCCUGGUGGGGGACAUCACCUGCGAGACCCCCUUCCACUUCCACGGGAAGGACCUGCGGGAAAUCCGGAAGACAGAACUCUGCCCCUUGCUGUCUGACUCUGAGGUCGAGGCUAGUUUGGGCAUCCCACACUUAUCCCCCAACAAGGAGGCCGUGUGGCCGACCAAGCCCUCCUCCAUGCUGUCCUCCGUCCAUUUCACCGCUUCUUCCGUCGAGUAUAAGUCUUCAAACAAGCAGCCCAAGCCCACCAAGCAGCCUCGGACGCCAAGACCACCGUCCACGUCCCAGGCUUUCUACCCUGGGCCCAACCAGCCUCCCAUCGCUCCUUAUCAGACCAGACCUCCCAUUCCAAUCAUCUGCCCCACCGGGUGCACCUGUAACUUGCACAUCAACGACCUGGGCUUGACGGUCAACUGCAAAGAGCGAGGGUUUAACAACAUCUCCGAGCUCCUCCCAAGGCCCCUGAAUGCCAAGAAACUCUACCUGAGCAGCAAUCUGAUUCAGAAAAUAUACCGUUCCGACUUUUGGAAUUUCUCCUCCCUGGAUCUCUUACACCUGGGCAACAACCGCAUUUCUUACGUCCAGGAUGGCGCCUUCCUCAACCUGCCCAACCUGAAGAGCCUCUUCCUCAACGGCAACGACCUGGAGAAGCUGACGCCCGGCAUGUUCCGGGGGCUGCAGAGCCUGCACUACUUGUACUUCGAGUUCAACGUAAUCCGGGAGAUCCAGCCGGCGGCCUUCAGCCUCAUGCCCAACCUCAAGCUGCUCUUCCUCAACAACAACCUGCUGCGGACCCUGCCCACCGACGCCUUCGCGGGGACCUCGCUGGCUCGGCUCAACCUGAGGAAGAACUACUUCCUCUACCUGCCCGUGGCGGGGGUGCUGGAGCACUUGAACGCCAUCGUGCAGAUCGACCUCAACGAGAACCCGUGGGACUGCACGUGUGACCUGGUGCCCUUCAAGCAGUGGAUCGAGACCAUCAGCUCGGUCAGCGUGGUGGGCGACGUGCUCUGCAGGACCCCGGAGAAUCUCACCCACCGCGACGUGCGCACCGUCGACCUCGAGCUCCUCUGCCCGGAAAUGCUGCACAGCGUCCCGGCCGGCGCCUCGCCCGGCCAAGCCGGAGCCUCCCCUGGCCGGGGGGCCACCGGUGCGUCCCCGUACGAGUUCUCCCCCCCGGGGGGCCCCGUGCCCCUGUCGGUGUUGAUCCUCAGCCUCCUGGUCCUCUUCUUCUCGGCUGUCUUCGUGGCCGCCGGCCUCUUCGCCUACGUCCUCCGGCGCCGUCGGAAGAAACUGCCCUUCCGGAGCAAGAGGCAGGAAGGCGUGGACCUGACGGGCAUCCAGAUGCAGUGCCACCGGCUGUUCGAGGACGGCGGCGGAGGGGGCGGGGGUGGCAGUGGGGGGCUGGGCGGCCGGCCCACCCUCUCCUCCCCGGAGAAGGCCCCCCCGGUGGGCCACGUCUACGAGUACAUCCCCCACCCCGUCACCCAGAUGUGCAACAACCCCAUCUACAAGCCCCGGGAGGAGGAGGAGGUGGCCGUCUCCGCCGUGGCGGACCCGGGGGGUGCAGAAAGAGGGGGUCCGGGGACCCCGGCCCCAGGCAUGGGGGAGGUUCUCCUAGGGAGCGAGCCCUUUGCAGAGGCCCCCAAGGAGACCGCCAGCAACUACCGGACCUUGCUGGAGAAGGAGAAGGAGUGGGCCCUGGCCGUGUCCAGCUCGCAGCUCAACACCAUCGUGACCGUGACCCACCCGGCCCACCCGCACCCCCACCGCCCAGCCGUCGGGGGCGGGCCCGGGGCCGGGGGCAACCCUGGGGGGGACUUGGCUGGGUUCCGCCACCAUGAAAAGAAUGGUGGGGUGGUGCUGUUCCCCCCCGGGGGAGGCUGCGGCGGCGGUGGGGGGGCCGGCAGCGGGCGGCUGGACCGGGAGCGGCCGCCGGCCGCCCCGUGCACCGUGGGCUUCGUGGACUGUCUGUACGGCACGGUGCCCAAGUUAAAGGAAUUACACGUGCACCCCCCCGGGAUGCAGUACCCAGACUUGCAGCAGGACGCCAGGCUCAAAGAAACCCUGCUCUUCUCAGCCGGAAAGGGGUUCACAGAACACCAAACCCCCAAAAGCGAUUACCUCGAGUUAAGGGCCAAACUUCAAUCGAAGCCGGAUUACCUCGAAGUCCUGGAAAAGACAACCUACCGGUUCUGA